AUCACCACGCACUAGAAAUCGCUUAGCUUUAAUUUUCAAGGAAGCAAAGGACACGUACGAUUAGACCAACAAUAUAUUCUGGUUCCUCUUCAUUUCUGUUCCCUUCACACUAACAAUAAAAUAUACCAGCAGCGUGGACCAGACGUACCAGGAGCAAACAAAAAGCCACUACAUCCCCUGUCUGAUCAUCAAAACAACCUCAUUCACAACAUGGCUCUAAGCGUUGAAGAAGCCAUGGCCCGCGCCGACCGCGACAUGCGCUUCAGCCAAAUCAUUGACCAGCUUCGCACUUCGACAGGCGACUCGUUUGCCGGCGGAUGGAUUGACGGACCCAAGGUCUACGUGGGCGUCACCAAGCAGGCCCUUGUGGAUGAGGUGACUGCCGCCGGAGCCACGCCCGUCGUGGUGAGCAACAGUCUCUCCAAGCUUGAAAAGGCGCGAGAUGCAUUUGAUCAGGUCAUGACAUCAAGCACCGGAUCGGCAAACUCGGCCGGCAUUGCCUCGUCGUACGUCGAUGUUGUUAUCAACAAGGUGGUUGUCGAGGCUCUUGCCGAUAGCCGCGGACACGCGGAGAACAUGGCUUCGCAGGCGGGCGUUGCUGCGACAGACUUUGAAGUGCGCACAGUCGAGACACUACCUACUAUCAAGGGAUCGACCUAGCCUACAUGGAGCAAUUGAAGGUCAUUUCUGCAUCUUUACAUGAGCUUGAUACAUAGUUAUAUACUUGGUGACGAGAGAAUCGAAUCGCCAUCUAUCUAUCUUAGACCCCGUA